UACGGGGUCCUCCUGCGUACUCAUACUCGGCAAGGGGGAAGGGGGCCCUAAGUUGGAGGAAUUAAGGGGUUUGAGGGAGAUGUACUGUUCACAGUAUGAGUAUGAGUAUGAUAAGAGAUUAGAUGGAAGGGAGGGUCCAUAGCAUCUAGUUGUCAUUGCGCAAUUACUCGGUAGAAGUUGGCAGUACUGGUCAUAGGCUUCGAUUGCAUGGAUAGCCGUCUUGUCUAGAUGGAAUUGUUUGCCCUUUGUGGUCCAGUAUGGAUAGAGACGGGCACCGUGGAGGUGGGGAGGGAGAUUGAGACACAAGACGUGAAACUUGAUGGCAGUGCUGCCCGCUGCCCACUGCCCACUGUUCACAGCCACGGUCCGGUUCAAUCUACCUUUGUGGACCAUGUGCCCGCCGCGGUUUUCCUAGCAGGCUGGGGAGGUGUGGCUAGCUACGGAGUAGCUGUCUUGUCAAAGAAAAGAUGUUGAUGGCGAUAACUAUGGCGACGUUGCUCUUGUCGAUCACGCGGGAACUCCUUACAGGGGAUCUGCAGUGGCACUAACCACAUGAGAGUCUGUGAGCGCGAGAGGGCGAGAGAGAAAGACCACCAAAAGGAGGGGUGGGCAGAUGAAUUAUCCACAUCAUUGUGGAUUGUGUGGGAGAUUCACGAUUCACGGUACUGUACCAACGAUCCGGGUUUCAGUUUAAGAUGAAAGCCUUCGGUUACCCAUCUGCGAAAUUACUUGGUAAUUCAAUCAAACGUGGUAGGCGCGUUGGCAGCCUGAGAUGAGCAAUGAGAGUUGAGCUCGUCGUGAGCUUUGAGUCUUGAGGACACGAACCCGCGGGUUGAACCCAUCCCAAGUGGGGCCCCUUCGACAAUCUCCGCUCCCAAGCCAAACCGCAACAACACCAA